GGGCGCAGAAACGCUGGCCCUUCUCGGCGGGCGAGCUCUGCCUUGCAGCUGUUGCGGGGCCGGUCCGGGGUGGGUCUCAGAAGGUGUUAAAGGGGCCAGCCUUCUCCGGUCUGGGACUGGAGCAGGAGCCGCUCAGGCUGUGCUCUCCGCGUUUUCCUUUUACCGCAGACGGAAAGCUUGCCAGAAAGCGGGGAGUGUGCCUCCAGCUGCGAGGAGGCUGGUUCCAGAAGCUCAGCCAGCGUCGGAGUUGAGGGUAUAAUUCCAGAGUCCUCUACCUGUUUCCAAGAGCCAAGAAAAUGAGUGCAUCUCCAAUGUUUGUGUCCUUUGAGGAUGUGGCUGUGGCCUUCACCUGGGAGGAGUGGCAGAAGCUGGACAGUGCUCAGAGGGCUCUGUACAGGGAUGUGAUGCUGGAGACCUACAGCAACCUGAUGUGCUUGGGCUGCUGCAUUUCCAAACCAGAGGUCAUCUUCAAGUUGGAGCAAGGAGCAGAGCCAUGGAUUGUGGAAGAACCCGUAAACCACAGCCUGCCAGUUCUCCAGAAAAUGGACGACCUCAUUGGAACAAGCCAGGAAAUUCAAGACAUGAUUUUCUGGCAAGUUGUAAUGACAAACAACACAUCAACCAAGGAGAACACUUAUUUAGGAGAAACAUUUAAUUUAAAAUCCAACCAUAUGUCAAAACUGAUAAUGAAGGAUGGAAAUUAUGCAGAAAUGGGGCCUGAGGAGUAUAGAAUAUGUCAGAACUCUCUUCUCCUUAGUGAGCCUGAUGAUCUGUGGGCUGGCGAGAAACCUGAUGCCUCUGUUGAUGAACCUGGGAAAUCUCUCCGAUUCUACGAGUAUCCUAGUCGGCAUCAGGCUUUGCCACAGAAUUUUGAACACAGUGGACAAAGGAGCACCUUCAACAGCGAGGCAAUGUUCUUUACACACAAAUCAGACCUUACAGUACAUCAGGUGACACAUACAGGAGAACAUCCCUGUGCGUGUAAUGAGUGUGAAAAGUCUUUCAACUGUAAAUCAAACUUCACCGUACGUCACAGCAUUCACCCAGGGGGAAAGUCCUAUUGGUGUAAUGAAUGUGGAAAAAGCUUUUGCCGGAAGUCGAACCUCCACCGACACCAGAGAACUCACACAGGGGAAAAAACCAAUGAAUGCAAUAUAUGUGAAAAAAGUUUUUACCAGAAGUCAGACCUUAUCAUACAUCAGAGAAUUCACACAGGGGAAAAGCCCUAUGAAUGUAAUGACUGUGGGAAAACCUUUUGCCGGAAGUCCAGCCUCAGGACACAUCAAAGACUUCAUACAGGUGAGAAAUUAUUUGAAUGUGAAGAAUGUGGAAAAACUUUCUUCUACAAGUCAUCUCUCUCUCAGCAUCAGAGAACUCUGUACGAAUGUAAAAAGUGUGAUAAAGCAUUCUACCACUGGUCUCUAUUCUGUAGGCAUCAGCAGACUCACACAGGGGGGAAACCCUAUAAAUGUAAUGAAUGUGGAAAAACUUUCUGCAGGAAGGCAAACCUCAGCAUGCACCAGCAGACUCACACUGGGGAAAAGCCGUAUAAGUGCAACGAAUGUGGAAAAACUUUCUUCAGGAAAACAAGCCUCAGCAGACAUGAGCAAACUCACACAGGGGAGAAACCCUUUGAAUGUAAUGAUUGUGGAAAAGCCUUUUAUCUGAAGUCAAACCUCAUCAUACAUCGCAGAAAUCACACAGAAGGAAAAGCUUAUCCAUGUAAUGAAUGUGGGAAAGCCUUUUACCAGAAAUCAUACCUGAUUAUACACCAGAGAAGUCACACAGGGGAGAAACCUUAUGGGUGUAAUGAAUGUGGGAAAGCCUUUUCCCGAAAGUCAGAUCUCGUCAGGCAUGAGAAAAUUCAAACAGGGGGGAAAUCCUAUGAGUGUAAUGAAUGUUCUAAAACCUUUUGCCAGAAGUCAAAUCUCAGGAUACAUCAAAGAAUUCACACAGGUGAGAAAAUAUAUGAAUGUAAAGAAUGUGGAAAAGCCUUUUGCAGGAAGUCACAUCUCAACAAGCAUCAGAAUAUUCACAGGAGUGGAACAGGCAUUGUGGCACAAGAGGUUAAGCUGCCAGUUGGAAUGCCUGCAUCCCAUAUCAGAGAUCUAGUUCAAGUCCCAGAUAGUCCACUUUUAAUCCAGCUUCCUACUAAUGCACAUGGAAAUACAGCAGAUGAUGGCCCAAUUAAUUGGGUCCCUGCCACUCAUGUGGAAGACCCAGAUGCAGUUCCAGGCUCUUGGCUUCAACCUGAUCCAGCUCUGGCUGUUGCAGGCAUUUGGGGAGUAAAUCAACAAAUGGAAGAUCUCUCUCUUUCUCUGUCUCUCCCUCUGUCUGUCCCUCUGCCUUUCAAAUAAACAUAACUUUUUAAAAAUAUAUUCAUGGAAGAAAAACCUUAUGAAUGUAAUGAGUAUUGAAAGAUCUUUUCUCACAAGUCAAACCUCAACAGAUGUUAGCUAAAUCACAGAGGAGGCAUGCUGAGUGUACUGAAUGUGGAUAAACUCUUAUCAGAAGAGACACCUCAGCAGAUACACAGGGAGUGACCUUGUAUGCUGGAGACUGGCUGUGUGUUCCUCAGUGUCUGCUCUCUCCUCUCAGACAUGCAUCCUGCAUUUUCAGCCUCCCCUAAUUAUGAUUGAAACCAUGUAAAUGAUCCCUGCUUACACAGAUGAAUUUUGGGAACCAAUAACCAUUCAGUCUGUAAUAUGCAGUUGUUUGAAAUCUCAUCUCCAUAAUUUACACAGUUAUUUGGAAUUGCUCAGUUUCGGCUGCACAUCCUUUCUCCUACAAUUUUACUUGUACACAUCGGCUGUGUGAGCACAGAUGUGCCACACGGCUCCAGCCCUGCAUGAUGAGUGUUUUGUUUAGUAUAGAGAGUUGAGUCUCUAGUGGCCUUUUUGAUCCUGGUUAUCACAGACUUAUUUGUAGAUGAACCUGGAGCUGUUUGCACUGUAGGAGUCUGUUUAUCAGACAGAGAGAAAUUGUGAGCUGAGUGUUGUGGUGGCAUAAAGUGCAGGCUGUCUUUAUGUGACUGAUUUUGUGCCAUCAUCUAUUUUUAAUUUUGUUUUCUUUUGUUUUACAUUCUGUUGAAGUGAGUUACAUGCUUUGUUAAUUGACUUAUGACUUGACUGCAUUUAUCUAACCCAUGUGACCCUUUUUUUUUAUUUCACUAAACUAUUUGCAGGUAUUUGCUUAUAAAUAUGAUAAUGUCAAAUGUUACAGUGGCUCUGUGUCCCUCUUAGUAUAUUUUUUUCUUUAAUUUUCUCAUUCUCUUUGAAACCUAAAAUCUGUGUGAACUUCCAUCCCACACUCCCAAAUCCCUUUGUGGAUUCAGAUGAGACUUGCAUUCAGCUUGGAUUUUCAAAGAUACACACUCAGAAUCAGAGUUCACUCCAGUGGUGUAGCCAUUGUGCCACAUCCAGGCUUCCGAUGCGAAGCUGGGUGCUUUGGCUGCAGCUAGCUGCUCCUGCCCUGGCCCAUCCUGAGGAAAUUCCUACAAGUCACCCUUGCCCUCUUCACUGCUACCCACUGGAUGUAGCUCCUUUGUCCUGGUCAUGCCCCCUUGGCAUCUUUUACAUGCUAGUCAUUACUAUGAAUAUUAGGAAAAUUAGAGAAUUAAGGGGAAAUAAAUGGUAAUGUGUUUCAUAUAAAAUUAACAGCCAGAAUAGCUGUGCUUAUUCCAGAUAGUUAAGCUUAAGGCAAAAUCAAAAUCUGUGCUGAUAAUCUAAUUGUCCAUGCUCUCACAAAUGUGCUCUAGCAUAUUUAAAGUUUUAGCCAACUUGAAGGAGUAGAGAAAUCUGUGAUUGUAGUGGGAGAAAAUCAUCCCUCUAUUGGGUUCAGAAAGGCAGAUAUGGUAGAAAAUGUAAGAAAUUUAUUGCAAAAGUAGUAAAUAGACAUGGACAUGACCCCAUUAUUAGCUUAGUAGCAUUGAAAGCAGAAUGCUUCACAUAGUGACUUUCUUUUCCACUGAAGUAGAAAAGCAUCAUCCAAGAGUACAGUAAGCAUCCCAUAGUGCAGAAGGCAAAUUCUGGGCUGUAGCAACACACAGGAUCUCCCCAGUGCCCUGGCUCUGAGUCCCCAAAGAAAGACUGCAGGGCUCAUCCAGGGUGUGGCUCCCUCAGAACCUAUUCCAGCAAGAAGCCCCCUGAUUAUGGUCACUCCUUAACCGCCCCCAGAGGCUCCUGUAGUCAGAAGACCCAGGACCCAUUGGGGAACAGAAAUAGGAGGGAGUAGGUAUACAUUUUUGUGUGUUUGGGGCCAGGCUCACUAGCAAGGACACCAGGGCACAGUUCCUUCCAGGACCUCAGUAGGUCUAGAAAUGUCAGAAACCAGGAGCAUAGAAGGAAUGGUUGGGGAUGAUGUGACCCUUUGUGCAGCACCUUAAUAUGUGGGGAGGGCAUCACUGAAGCCUUACACGUUGUGUACAGAUUGUGAGCCUUUGUUUUAUCCUGAUGGAGGAAGACUGGUCAUGUGGCCAGCUCAUUGUGUGUAGACUGCCGGUGUGAAUAUGUAAGAGCUCACUUGUUUGAUAUUUCUGUGAGUUGCUUAUGGUACUGGGCUGGGGUCAUGGGUUCUUUGCCACCUCACCUUGGCCGGGACAUCUGCAGCUUCUAUCUAAAACUCUCCUAGUGCCUUUGAGUCUCUGGACAAGGGUUGGAGGUGAAUGUGCUGAUGCUGAUGUUGUAUUCAGGAUAAUGAGUUUUUUGCCACUGACUUAGGUCUCAAAUGUCCACAAGAUCUGAACAAUGUCAGUGUCCACUUGAAAGCAAGGCAUAAUGUACACCUUUCAAGAUGCAGCAGGCCUAGAAGGAAGCAAUUGGAUCAGAGCGUGUGGAUGGUGAAGGUUGGCAAGACUUUCCUGGGCUCUGCAACAUUGGCCUGUGCUGCAGGUGCAGUGUCCCUAUCCUGGUGUCAUGGUUUAGUCCAGUGAGAGGAUAGGAGAGACUAAAGUAGAAUGAAGUCCAAGAGAGAUCCCAAAGGGAGUGGCUGGGUGUAAAAUAUGGUCUUGACGGAUGGGGAUCACUUUCCACUUAACCACCGCUCCACCUCCAGUUCUCAUACCAGUAGGAAGGAAAGACAACACCCUCAUUUCUACUGCAUUUUACUCCAGUCUUUCUGAAUUUUCAAAUAGAUGUUUGGUUAGAGAAAGCCCCAGUAAAGUUCCCUGGGGUCAAAGAGCUCAGGUAUCCCAGGACAGUAGCAGGCAAUUAUUGAGCCCUUGUUGCAUAUGAUGAUGAUAUUGCAUGUUCAGAGUGUGCAUCUGGGUCAGAGGAGAAAAGGUUCCCAGUCAGAUUGGAUGAAGGAACAGAUGGGAAUGAUAGCAUUCGGUAUCCCUGAUACCAGUAAAUGCCUCAUUCUGCUUAGAGCAAGUGAUCCCAUUUUUCAGAUUAAGAAAUUGAGUUAAAAGUAACUUGCCCAAAGUCACCUAGCUGGAAAGGAUCAGAGUCAAUAGGACAACGUGACAGUAUAUUGCAGAGAAUAUAAAAUAUAGCAUUUGGAUUUCCUUUGGCUUACCUAUAUAACUGGUUCUAAAUUUUAGGCCCUCCUGGUGAACCUGGUGAACUUGCACCAAUGGUAAGCGUUAAGAAAGCAUGUGGGCCCAGUUAUAUAUGGUCCAUCAUGAUAAUUAUGUGGGCCCGGUUAUAUAUGGUCCAUCACUAUAAUUAUGUGGGCCCGGUUAUAUAUGAUCCAUUAUUAUAAUUUAUUUUCCUUGCUUCACCAUAAUGUAGUAAGAAUGGCACUGCAAUUUGGGGACUGUGUACUAUGGAUUGUGCUUAAGCAAUAUAUUCCUUUCAGUGGAGUAUUUAGAUUCAAAGACUUUGAAUAUGGUUAGCAAAUAGUACUCAGAUAACUGUAGUUGGGCAAUUGAAUUCUUUUUUUCUGUUGAACACAUGAGGGAUGCAAAAUAUUCAAACAUAAUAAAACUCUUCUUUGAUGUUUUUCAUUUAUUUCAAUAAUUUUAUACUAUAACACUGGCAGGUAGAGGAAAAUUUUUCUUUUUUUUAAAAAUUUUGUUAUUAGGGUCCGAUUGGUCACGUGGACGUGAAGGACCUUCUCAAAAACUGGUGAAGCUGCUUUUCCUCAUUUUGAUUUGAAGUUUAAAAGGAGCCAGAUUGUAAAACAAGAAUAUUCAUUAAUUCCCACCCUUGUAGCUCCCACUAUAUUUAUUUAAUUUUUAUUUAAUUUUUAUUUAUUUUUUGCUCCCACUAAAUUUAGUCUAAACCAGAGAACUCAGAAUGGAAUUUUAUAAAAACCUAAAAGGGCUCUUUGAUAGUACAUUACUAGGUAAUAUCUCUCUUCUGUGUUCUCCGGGCUUCUGAUUAAAAUUUCUCCAUGAGAGUCUUGAAUACCAACAACAUUUGCUGACAGACUAUUGAAAUGAUCUGAAAGAAGAAAAUACAUUAUUCUGAUUGCAAUACAUCGUUAUGAAGUCUUCAUUAAAUGGAAUUUAUUUUUAAGAGUUAAUUUAAUUUUUGUAUCUGUGGCACCAUUACCACAAUUUACAGAGAAAUAUACCUGAUGUAAUGAAAAGAAAACAUAAAACUGCACAUAAAUACCUCAGGAAUGUACAUCUAAUUGGCACUACAUUGCAUCACCCAUUUGCUGCAUUUUUUGCAAACUGGCUAUGAUAGUCCUGAACAAGAAAGGUUUCCUUUUUGAGCUGUAGUAACUUUUCUUACUAUGGAUUAUUGUUCCCUCCUGUGGCAGGUUUUUACAGUUCCUGUUAUGCAUUUGGGAUGACUUUCUCAAAGUAACUGCAGCUUUCCUGGCAACUCCUUGCACUCCUGCUAAGAACUGCAGCGCUUUUCUUCUGUUUUUAGAGCUUUCUGCUACCAUAUCUAUCACUUUGGGACUUUCAGAUCCAUAACCACCACCAUCAUGAGUGCCUGAGCUGCUUCCACCAAAACUGCCCCUUCUAUGGGUCUAUAAUUUGAUUGCUGUUGUCCACUAUAAUUUCCAAAAUCAUUGUGAUUUUCACCACCACUGCAGUUAGGAUUCCAACAUAUCCUCCUAAAUUAUAACUGCCAUAUUCUCUUCCUCCACCAUAUCUACCACUUAGGGUUCCAUACCUUGGUCCACCACUAUCCUAGCUUCCUCUGUUACUGUAGCCGGGACUACCAACAUCACUUCCUCCAGUAACUUCUGUUGCCACUACAUCCAUUACCACAGCACCAUCUUCCACCAAAGUUUCUACCGAGGCCAGAGUUACCUCCACCACCUCCAAAGUUUCCUCUAUGACCCAUUAAAUUGCCAGAUCGACAUGCAUGUCCUCUUUGUUACCCAGCAGCAGGCUGAAUCUCUUUAGAAAGGGUCUUUUUUACUUCACAACUAUGCCCGUUAGUAGUGUUCUAUUUCUGAACAGCAAUUCUAUCAACUGGAUCAUGAUCACCAAGUUAAAAAAGCAAACCCUUUUUUCUAUUCUGCCUGUAUUUCAUAACUUCUAUGGUUUCAAUCUUGCCAUUCUAAUUAAAGUAGCGUUUCAAAUUAUAUUUUUCUGUAUCUUCUUUAAUACAGCCUACAAAAAUUUUCUUUCUUGUUAGAUGGCACAGUCUUCACCAAUCCUCUCUAGAAACAACUCUCUGGUUCCAUUACAUGCCCAUCAGCCUAGUGUGGUUGAGCACACAUUGUUGCAUCCACCUCUUCACAACAGUAAUUCAGAAAACCAAAGUCCCUGGAAUAUUUUGUUUGGGGAGCUCUCAUUACUACACAGUCCGGGUGUGUCCAUUUCUCAAAAUGGUCUCUCAAACCAGCAUCUGUAGUUUCUAAGCUCAGAACACCAGAACAGUUUCUUCAGCUGUUCCUUUGGAACAUGGUUCUUCCAGUUUGGGUUUAAUAUGGGAUCUAGAGCUACAUGGAAUUUAAAAAUAUGUUAGCAUAGUGCCUACAGGGCUCCCCUGAGUAAGUAACUUCCUCAAUUGGAUUUUUACUUAAAGAUGAGACAACUUCAGAUUUUAAUAUUUAUAAUGUGAACAUUGACAUAUAUAACAACAGAUUUGUUUUCUAGGUUCUUAGUAGUACCAGAGUUUAUGAUAAAAAAAAUGGUUAUACUAUUACUCUCCAUGUGACCUUAAACCAUGUAAAUAUAUUAUUUUUUCUUUGUAGGUCAUGCUAGUUUUAAAGCACAUUAUGCUGAAACAUAUAUUAAAAUGUCUCAUAGGUUUUUUAUUAUAACAAAGAAAUGGCAAGUAGAAUUUUCAGAGGCAGUGCUUUACUUCAGUGCCAUGUGGUCAUACAGAAUCUCAUGGCAUAUAUGUGUAAUUAGGUGCAUGGGUUUCUCUGUGUUUAUAUAAUGGUGCCCAAGAUAAGAUCAGAAUAAUUUUUAUCUGUCUCUUCUAGAUACCUUAAUGAAAGUUACGCAAACUGACUUGUGGUAUGGAUUGCAAUCAGAAAUAGAACCUAGUUUUUUUAAAAUUCAGUGUUUUGGACAUAAACUGUCAAAGAAGGUUUGCUUGUAAUUUAUUUGUCAUCUAGUCUCAUAGAAGAAUGUUUUAAUGUCUCUCCAGCUUCCCACUCUUUGUUUUUUCUUUCUUCUGUAAAGGAUGAACAUGGUAGAAACAGAGAUAUUGGUGCAGGGGAAUUUGUAGGAUCCCAUGCACAUUUGUAUUUAUCAAUGUAAGACAUAAAGACAAACUUCUAAAAAGAAAGAACAAUAAAAUUAACUUGAAAUUCAUUGUAUGCAUAUGUAUUCAGCACUAAGUGCAAACAACCAAGCAACCGGUCCUUCUGUUAAAAAGGAAAGUGCCAGAAGACGUUUUGCCAGUGUAAGAGCUAAUUCCAAUUACCUGUUUCGUUGUUAACACCAUGAGUAACCCUACUGGAGCCAGAGAAUUAUAUUAGAACCCAAAUUGGAUGCUCUCCAAACUGGGUAUUAAAUUUUCAGAAAUAAAGAAAUUUGUUUUCAGAAAAUAGUCACUAGCUUGACCUCUACCAUUCACAUCUCAGUCUUAUAUUAAAAAUAUUUUUAGAUACUUUUAUUCUAUAUUAUCUUCAAUGAUUGAAACAUUUUUUAUCAGCUAAGGCAAUAAAUUAUGGAUAGGAUUCCAAUUAUGCCUAUUUGCUCCCCAAAUCCUAUUGUUGGCUGACAUUCCUGAUUAAUAUUCUGGGCCCUGAAAUCUGAAAGCACAGUGCACUAAUUGGCAGCCCUCGUAACAUGGUACCCCCCCCCCCCCCCCCGCAUUGGCUCACCAAAAGGAACAGGUCUCUGGCACCUGACUCCACCAGAAUUCAUGACUUAGGCCACUUGAACAUUCUCUGUGUUCAUCAAUCUGUUGUUAUUCAUAUUACUGUCCUAGGUAAUCCCUGGGGUGUGCUACAUAAGCACUGGGGGAAAAUUGGAUAGUAACACAGUGAUAUCUUAAAAUUUUGAAAAUGUCACCAAAUCAGUACCUGGCAUUAAUCUGUGUUUAGUCUUGUUUGCAUCUCUAGCAGUAUGCUUGCUUUGCUGAUUAUGAUCAUUCAGAUAUAAUUUGACAGCUAUACUGCUUUUUUUCAUUUAGCAUGCAAUUCAGACUGAUACUUUCUGGAAAAAAGAUCUAUAUUAAGUAAUUCCUAUACUUAUUAAUGACUCUAAAACCCCUUAUCUAUUUUUCACUAGGGAGCUAAAGACUUUCCUGGGGCUCUGGGUCUUCAAGACCUGAAGGGUCAUUGAGUAAGUUUAAUCCAUCAUACUCCUUUCAGGUUAUGUGGUUUGCUGAGUAAGGUAUGGGAAAGCGUUACCUUAAAAAUCUUUACUAUUGUAUUUGUUAGAGAUCUUUAACCUGCUGUGGCUACAGUAUUCAUCUGUGACUACCGAAAUUACAGAUGCUUUUAUACCAUUUCUUGGAAUUUCAUUUUAUUCUAUAAAGCAAUCUAUUUUUAGUUAUUGCUGUGUACAAGAUAUUGUGCUACAAAAUAGGGCAAGUGUUCAAUGAGGAAAAUCUCUGCAGCUUCAGGCUAAUAGGUGACACAGUUAAGAAAGUAGGCAAUUGCUGCGUAAUGGAGUAAGUGACAUGACAGGAGUAAGGAAGUGCAUUAGGUCCCAGAAGAGGCCCAGUCAACCCAAACUUCGAAGCAAUAAAAUGCUUCUUUUAUAACAGGAUAAUAUGUAACCAUUCUAUACUGUGUGCAUAUAUAGUCUGUUUAUCAUCUAUUUAUCCAUCUAUCAUUUGAAAGCAAAGCUGAUAAUCGGUACAUAUUGAGUGGCCUUUGUUUGCAGUGGUUGAGCUUUUGUUUAGGAUAUUUGCUGCUGUACUAGUUCUUAAAUACAUUUUCAGUGAUAUUUGUGCAAUGCUGGUUGCAGGACCCUAGGAUUAUCAAAAUCAUGGAUACACAAGUCCAAAUAAAAUGGCAUAUUGUUUGCAUGCAAUCUGUACACAUCUUCCUGUAUCCUUUAAAUCAUCUCUAAAUUAAUCAUAAUAUCUAAUGUAAUGCAAUUUCUAUGUAAAUAGUUGUUGCAAUGUAUUUUUAGGCAAUAAUGACAAGAUUAAAAAGUCUGUACAGAAGCAUCUGCUAUGUGUUCAGUACAGAUGAAACCAUUUAGGCCUAACUACAUAUUACCCAUCAGCAUCAAUGGAAUUUUAUUUUUUGAAUAUUCUCCCUCUGUGCUUCUUGGGAUUUGUGGAUGGGGAGGACCAACUGUAUUUUGAAUAUCAAUCCUGGACUUAAUUCAUAUUUUAUAACUAAAUAAACUCUAUAAAUGUA